AUGAAUUUAACAAAUGAUUCUAGUGAAAAUGACAAUGACAAAGAAUCCUCAAGUGACGAAGACGAAGACAACGAAAAUCUCUUGAUUCAUUCGCCAACAGUUCUAGUAGAAAAAUUCUUUUCCGCUGAUAAUCUUAACGAAGAAUUCGAUAGCAGUGAUGAUGAUAUCAGUGAUAUUGAAAACCGUUCAUUUUCGAUUCAUCAUUCACCGCGACAAAAUCGUCUGUGUACAUUAUUAAGACAAUCAAGUCCACUUGUUCAAUUAAAGUUAAAUCUGCUCGAAAAGACUCAUUCUUCAUUGCGACAUGCAAGAUCCGACAGUGAUAUGUCAAAAGAGAGAAAUGAUCUAUUUCGUUCACGUCGUCUCUAUUUACCAUUGUCGUCAACAAAUGAAUUACAAACCCAAAUAACUAAUUGGUUGCAAGCAAGUACUUGCUUGAUUGAUUCGAUAUCGACAUCAACAUAUCAUCGACAAUGUUGGUCACAGUUACUAUUAACAUAUUUUAUUGAACGACGCUUCGUUAAUUUGCAAUUCAUUCUCUGCACACAUUCGAUAUUGUUAACAACAGUUAAUGAGGAUUCAUGUUCGAUGCACUCGCAUGCAUGUGUACCAGAAGAGGAUGCCUAUAAAUUAUGUUCAAUAUUACAGAAAGGCUCGCGGUUUAACAUUGAUUCGAAUAUUUUCGAUCAUAUACGUCGAAUUAUUGUGAUUAAAAGUAUGCAAGAAGCCAUUAAUGAUAACGUACAUUUGCAAGAACUUUAUGUCAAGCAACUAACCGGCCUUAAACAAUCGCUGAAUCGACAGCAAUCAUCGAUGACCACUAUACCAUCCAUAUAUUCUAAACUUCUUCUUUUUCUCUCAAGUCUAUAUUCGAUCAAAGCAGAAACGAUGCAAACACUCUUUUGUCAACAUCUUCUACACAAUCCGACUAAAAUCAUCGUUCGAAGGCUCGCAUCCAUGUCUGCAAUGCUGAUGGGUGAUGUCUACUUCUAUCUGUGCUUGUUUAUCAUAUUUGAUCAUCAAAUAUUUCAAGAUUAUCAUCGGUUAGAUAAAGAAUCUGUCAAAAUCUAUCGACUACCAUUGAAAAAUAUUUUCCGUUAA